UAUAUAUAUAUAUAUAUACAAAUCAGUUACCUAUAUAUAAAUAUUCCUAUGUCUGACCAAACUAAUAACAAUACAAACACCCCAUUAGACCAAACCAAUCUUGACUUGCCUUCUUCUUCUUGUUCUACUACAACAACUCCACCAAUUGAAGCUACCCAACAUUCUAUCUCACCAUCUCUUCACACGUGUGAAACCCUAAGCCCUAGACCAGCCACGUCAAUGGCUUCAACCAGCAGGAGUAGCAGCAAACACCCAAGGUAUAAGGGAAUUCGCUGUCGGAGCGGGAAAUGGGUUUCGGAGAUCCGAGAACCGCGUAAGACGACCCGGAUAUGGCUCGGGACUUUUGCCACGCCGGAGAUGGCCGCCGCCGCCUAUGACGUGGCGGCACUUGCACUGAAAGGAGGUGAGGCCGUCCUUAACUUUCCCAACUCAAUUGGUGAGUACCCGGUUCCGGCUUCGGCCUCGGCCGGGGACAUUCGCAGCGCGGCCACGGCGGCUGCGGCUCUUAAAAAGGCGGAGCUUGCUGCAUUGGAGGCGAGACGGCAGGAAACGACGUCGUUUCGGGAAGAUGAUAAUAAUGAUAAUCAAACGACGUCGUUUGAGCAUUUUCAUCAUCAUCACCAUGAAGAGUACAUGGAUGAGGAUGCAUUGUUCAGUAUGCCGAAUCUGUUGGUGGAAAUGGCGGAGGGAAUGCUGCUUUCGCCGCCGCGAAUGAGCUCACCGCAGUCUGAGGAGUCGCCGGGUAGCUCAGACGGAGGAGAGAGCUUGUGGGGAUAUUAUUAAUUAAUUAUAUAUAUAUAUAUAAAUGCCAGAAAGCUAUAUCUAUAUAUAUAUUAUGAAUUUUGCACCAAACUAUGAAAUUAUUUAACAAAAUUGAUAUAUAAAAAGAAAAGAAAAAAAAAAGAGAGAGAGAAAUGGGAGCAUGUAGUGAUGCCUGCCUUAGCACCAUAUGCAAAUACCCAUAUAUGAAAAGAGAGUAAAUUUGAUCAGAUAAAACUCAAAUUUGGAAAUUAGGGCUAGCAUAUGACAAUACCAUGACGUAUAUCUUUAUAUUUAUAUAUGAAAAGAAGAAGUACGUGUAGUAGUAUAAUGAAAUGAUGUGCUAAUUAGUCACUGAAAUAGGUUUUUUUUCCAGCCAAAUAUUAGAAAAGAAAAUUUGUUAGGCUGUGUAGUGUGGGUGUCGUUUAUUAUCAUUUCGGUGGAUUUACUUUUUGCUGAUUAUCUUAAGUGCAUGCAUACUACUGUUUUGUAGAUUUGUUGGGUUUUUUUUUGGGUUAAUUUUACUUUUCUCUUAUUUUAUGAGUUCUGGGUUUAAUUUCUUUUUCUGAUAUAAUCUGAUAUAAGAUUGUUUCCCCUUGAUGUUCAAAAAGUGGAGUAAUAUAUCAAAUGAGUCUUUUUGCAA